ACACUGGGUCAGUAGGCUGAGUGAGGAAGAUCACUUAUUUAUAUGGGCGUAAGCAAGAGGAAACGAUUACCAGAGACAUCCAUUAGAGAGAGAUAUAUAUAUACCUUGAUGAGAAACAUAUACAUGUGAAAGUUUCAAGACGAAGAAGUUCGGUGAUUAACUAAUUUUCGGAGAAAAUUUUCAGGAGAAAGAAGUUGUCGAAGCAGAGAGUGAAUCACUGAGGAAUAAGAAAAUGUUGAAUGGGUCAGGAAGUUCCUCUGAAUAUAAGCAUCAAAAAGAAGACGAGAAAAACGGGAUGACCUAGAAAGCAAAAAGGAAUGGAAAUGGGGUGAAAUGCAAAAUCUAAAGAAGGGCUAUCAGGUAAAGUUUUUUAAGAAUAUCAGAAAGAAAGACAAACUCGAGAACUUUGUCAAAGAAGAGGAACAACGCAUCCGCUAUUGUUACGAAGCAACAUUUGAGAAUUUCAGUUCAGAUGAAUUCAUAGAGAUGAUCCUGGGUGAUGCUGUCUUCAUCAUUGAACUCUUCUUGAGGAAUUACCAUGAUGAUAGAGGAGAUUUUUUGGUUAGUAAACCGUGGCUAACAAAUGCUAUAAAACUGGACUUGCAAUUACUUGAAAACCAGCUUCCAUACUUUGUCCUGGAGGAGUUAUACCUGUUAGCCUAUGGCUGCUCCGCUAGACCUUCCUUCCUUACUCUUUCUCGCAAGUUUUUCGGUUAUAAGGAGCCCGAUGAAGAGGCCAUACAGGAUAUGGAAAUUAAACAUUUUGUCGACUUGAGAAGACAUACUAUGUUGGUCGGAGUCGAAAUCGAUGAAAAAUUACCAAAGUCUUCGGGCGGAAAAAUUGAAGAUUUACCAAGUGCAGUGAAGCUGCAUGAGUCCGGGGUGAAGUUUAAGUCGGUCAAAAACAAAGAUGCAGUGAAGCCGGGUGACUCGAAGAGGAAGUGUAAGCCAGAAAAAGGUUUACUUAACAUAGAAUUUGAAAAGAGAGAAAGAGAAGACUCGUGUAUUUGGUGGCUUAGAGGACAGGUGCUAAAGAUUCCACGCCUUAAAAUUGAAGAUGGUACGGAAUGUUUGUUUCGAAACUUGAUGGCCUUGGAGCAGUGCCAUUAUCCAUUUGAAACUCAUAUUUGCAACUAUAUUGAUCUAAUGGAUGCUCUGAUCAACACGAGAAAAGAUGUGGAUUUGCUUGUUGACCAUAGAAUCAUCUCCAAUUGUGUGGGCGACCAUGAUUCAAUUAAAGUGAUGUUUAACAGACUCUGCCUUGAGAUUACGCCAAGUACUUCCUGUUACCUAGACAUUUGCAAGAGGCUGAAAGAACACCACGAGAGAUGGUGGAAUCGCACCAAGGCAACGUUGAUUAGUGUGUAUUUUGAAAAUCUGUGGAGAGGGACUGGAACUAUUGCUGCAGCCAUACUCUUACUGCUCACUCUGUUACAAACCAUCAAACGAUUCUAUCCGGCCCUGUUUACGGAUCCAUAAUAAUUUAAGUUUGUGUGUGUUUUUAGUACUUGUAUAAUUAGAACCUCUACUUCCUAGUUCCUAGUAUUACGCUGCUAAUAACUUCGGAUCUGUAGCUUUCAUUUAUAAUAAUGUAUUCUCUCCCAUGCCGUAUGUAUUGU